GCUAAUUACAUAAGGAUAAUGAAUAUGACGAGACUAAGUACGAGUUUCAAAUGAUCAUAUUGAUAUCUUUAAGUCGAUUGAGUACCACAAGUUGUUGAUUCAAUAUCUAUAGGCCACUUAUAACAAACUCAUACAUGCAAGAAUCUAAUAAUAAAGUGCCUCACCUUUUGACUUCUAAUCAUUCAUACUGGUGAUCGCAAGUAUAAUCUAUACUGGACACUUUAUUUACUCCGUUAAGUAUGAUUUUCUAUCCAGCACCUCUCUAAUCAACGGUGGAUUAGAAUAAGAGGUCUUCAUCAAGUUCCUCUUUUUGGUGCAAUGUAUCUCUGCGAUGAGCGAUCAAUGAGCUGAUGUUGCAAAUCCUAAAUAGGAUAUACGACAAAAUCUAAAAUACUCUGCUUUCUCCUCUGCCCAUUGCCCGCUCCACUUGCCUCCCUCUGUCGUCGCCUGCUUGCUUCCCUCGUUCUUGCUCCAUGUCGGCUGCUUCUGACUUGUGUCCCCUCCAGAAAGUAUUCUUUAUUACCCAAAUCGACGUGUUGCGUUAGCGUUUUCCGCGGGAAAAUAGUCUUCAUCAAUCGCCAUCAUCAAAGUUAAUGAGCUCCGCGCACUAAGAAACAGGGGAAACAUAUUUAGUUCUACCGUUACAGCUCUAACGCGAAACGUCCCAGGCAAAAUCCCAGCCCUUCAGAGUCGCAGAUGCUGCGUUUUCACUCGGGAUACGGCUUCGCUUUUGUGGGUCCCGAUGUGGGUUCAGAUUUGAUUUCGAAGACCGGGCAUUAUUAUUUCCAGUUUCUGUUUGCAUCGGAAGAAAGUUAGCGCGAAGGAAAGUGGGGAAGAAGAGAAGUGGAAAGGCUUUUGAUAUGGAUUUGACAGAGAUGUCGAUCAUGCACCAUGUGGCCAUCGUCCUGUUUCUCCUUUGGGCGCUCUCUUGCUUCGGCUGGACUCACCCUUUUGCUUAUUUCGUUGCCCUGAUUUAUUUGUUCCUGGUUCACGAGAGAUGUGUAACGAAGUUGAGGAAGAAACUGCAGUACGAAGAAUCAAAACAAGCUAAUCGGAAAAGGGUGCUAUCUGAUUCUGAAACAGUGAGGUGGCUGAACCAUGCGGUGGAGAAGAUAUGGCCUUUAUGUAUGGAAGAGAUCACUUCUCAGAUGAUUCUUCUCCCUAUCAUUCCUUGGUUCUUGGACAAGUAUAAACCAUGGACUGCUAAAAAGGCGGUUGUGCAGCAUUUAUAUAUGGGGAGAAACCCGCCAAUGUUCACUGAAGUUAGGGUUCUUCGCCAAUGUACUGGCGAUGACCACUUGGCACUAGAGAUGGGAAUGAGGUUUUGUACAGCUGAUGAUAUGCUUGCAGUUCUUGCUGUGAAAUUAAGGAGAAGGCUUGGAUUUGGGAUGUGGACAAAAUUGCAUAUAACCGGCAUGCAAGUGGAGGGGAAGGUCUUGAUUGGAAUAAAAUUUCUACGUCGCUGGCCUUUUAUUGGACGUUUAAGAGUAUGCUUUGCUGAGCCGCCCUAUUUCCAAAUGACGGUGAAACCCAUCUUUACUCAUGGGGUUGAUGUUACUGUGCUUCCUGGGAUUGCAGGGUGGCUAGACAAGCUUCUGUCGAUGGCAUUUGAGCAGACCCUGGUUCAGCCGAAUAUGCUAGUUGCUGACAUGGAGAAGUUUGUUUCACCUGGUCAAGAAACUUGGUUCUCUGUCGAUGAGAAGAAGCCUAUCGCUUUUGCAAAGGUUGAAGUUAUCGAAGCAUCUGACAUGAAGCCGUCAGACUUAAACGGUUUAGCUGAUCCAUACGUGAAAGGACAAGUUGGUCCCUAUGGAUUCAGGACAAAGAUCCAAAGGAAAACUUUGGCUCCCAAAUGGCUCGAGGAAUUUGAAAUCCCCAUUGUUACUUGGGAGUCGCCGAAUGUUCUCUCAAUCGAAGUUCGCGACAAAGACCACUUUGUUGACGAUGCCCUCGGGAAGUGCACCGUCAAUAUCAACGAUCUGAGAGAUGGCGAGAGACACGACAUGUGGUUGCCCCUUCAGAACAUCAAAAUGGGUCGACUGCAUCUCGCCUUAACUGUGCGAUCAGAAAAAGAGGAUGCCACCUGUUCCAUAGAAGGAGAAGAAGCGAUAAACAAACAAGAAGUACGUGAAUCUUUUGCCAACGAUGCUACUAAUCGAUCUUCAUUCUCAUCUAUGACGUCGGAAUCCCAAAAAGUAUCCGAUAACUUCGAGCCAAUCAACGUGGAGGGACAACAAGAGACCGGGGUAUGGAUCCAUCACCCUGGGUCUGAAGUAUCACAGACUUGGGAACCAAGAAAAGGAAAAACUCGGAAAGUCGAGCACACCCAGAGCAGCAAGUCCUUGGGCGACUCAUUCGGGAGCAGCAAUUCAUCCGGACUGCAAUGCAACGAAAGCAGCAGCACCGACGAAGCUGCUGCAGACGGUAAAAAGCAAGGAAAAAGCCGAGUUCGUCGUGGUCUGCACAGGAUCUCCGCGGCAUUUCACAGGACUCCCAAAGAGGAAGCUAAUCAUCCAGGCGAUGGUAGUAACGAGGAAGCUGUUCAAUCUCCUUAUGCCAACAUUCGAGCAGCAAAUCAGAAGGAAGGUGGAGUGAAGUUCAUCGUCGAGGAUAGCCUCUCCGGGGAGAUACCCAAUAAGCAACCAAACUCGAGCCCGGACUCAGCUUCCAGCCCUGGGAAGGGCAGCAGUAAGAGGGAGAAGACGAAGUGCAUUUUGAAAAAGAUGGAGAAGUCGGCUCGUAGCUUCAAGCAUGUGUUGUCUAGGAAAGGAUCCAAAAUGUCCCGAGGAGGCUGUGGUCCGGAGUUAGGGGAGGAGCAAGCAAUGGAUGCUGAGUUGGACACUUCCGAUGAAGAUGAAGAUGAUAAAUCUCAACCUGCUGUUGCUCAUCCAGUUAUUGUUGGCAAUCCCAUCCCCGCGCCCAUAAAAGAUGAUGAUGUGCUGAAUAGUGAAGAGCAUACUGAUCAUGUGAAUGGUAAUGGUGAUCAGGGCACAGAAAGGAAGGAGUAUAAGGAGGCUGGUAGCUCGGAAGCAGGCUAUAAGGUGCCAGAAGAGACAUUGAAGCCUACUGAUCAAGCAGGAGUUGAGGAUAGUGAGGUGGAGGACGAGAAGAUUCGGCAAACGUAGCAUACUACAUGGUUGUAUGAAAGAGAUUUGGGUACUACAAUGGUGAUAUGGUUGUAUCGUGUAUGUAUAUAUAUGUAAGAUCGACGCUGUUGCUUGCAUGCAAAUCUGUAAAUUCACCUUCGGGAAACAUGCUUCGUUGUUUACCAUGUUUUCGGAUCGUAGAGAAUCAAACAAAACGUUUGGUGGUUUGGGACCUAUUUCAUUAAGAAAGCUUCAAUGUAACAGCAGGUUGAGAACAGCAGUUACAGAACAUAACCUUGAUAAUGAUGAUCUAUCAUUCAGUCUGAUAACUUCGAAGACGUUAAGUACUGUAGCACUGGAUAACAAAAACAACAACGAAAGGUUCUGUGCCCCAUUUGAAUUGCAUUGCGAAUGUUGGAAGAACAAAUUCAGGGUGUUCCUAAUAUCAGGCGUCUCUAGCAGGGCCCUUCUUUGCAGCCUCAGCAGCUGCCUUCUCCGCUUCAAUCUCGGCCACGAUAGCAUCGAUUUCAGCCUCUUCAAGUUGUCGCAAGCCCUGGUCUUUCGUCAUCACUGCGACUUCGAUAUUCUUUCCUCCGCUCUCCACAACCUACACACAGAAUUCAAAAUUUCAGGACUUGGAGACUGAUUCACGUACAUAUGCAACUGUUUCCCUUUCAAACGAGUCACGAAACAAUUCAGUUGGUUUCCACUGCUAAUAGUUCAGCAAGAAGCCUGGAGCAAUUUGGUUCGAUUGAUGUAAAAAAGCACGCAUGACCAUCAUCCUAUGGACCAGAACAGAACAAAACAAUCAGCUAUCAGUUAACGUAGACCGAAAGACAGCCUUUGACGCUUUAAUAAAUUAAUCUUGCUGCACCAAACGCUGGUGGUUGCUUCUUGUUAUAAGUGAAUGCAACGAAAAGGCCCGGAAAU